CCUCUAAAUUACACCAUUUCAUGAAAGAAGUUGUCGUCGAAAUGUAAGAUAAGGUUAAUGAAUACCCAUUGUAAUAUGUUCAACGAUGAAAUAGAGAACCCCCAUUUCUUGCUAACAACCUAAAGCUAAUUUUAGACUUUUGGGGCUAACGUCAGCUAGCUACAUUCCUAGCUAAAGUAACAGAUACUUUCCCGUUUUGUUUACAAAAUACUCAGUUACGCAGUCACUUAAAUUCAACAUAAGGACAUGUAAGACAAAUUGUCUCCUAUAAGUCAUAAAGUUACUAAAAAUAAAAAAUAAACUUUACACACCUCGGAAUACAUUAGCAUCACAUUGCAACUGGCGAAUCAUCCUAAAUAUCGUUUUAAAGUAAAAUAUAUAUCAUCUGGUCAUAAAAGACAUGCCUCAUGGCGAUUGUUACCUAAACUUAAGGGAUUGUCUGCAAAAAUGUGGUUAAGUACCCGAAUGAAUACUAUCCAUGUGUGCAUCCAUGCCUGUCCUGCGCACUGGGUCUGACCAGCCAGCCCCUCCAUCUCCACUCGGUUCCUCCUCUCUCACUUCAGGAGGGGGAAGAGGAGAGCAGUUUAGUUUAGACAGGCGGACUGGCAGCUUCCAGACCCGCUCAGGGUAAAUAUAGAUUUAAAAAAAACUUUUGGAAGUGCUUACUGAAACAAUAUCACUGUUUGUUUCUUAAGAAGGGAAUGAAUCUCCUUUCACUUGAAGUUGUUUGCACCAUAACCGGUUUUGAGGAGGCGGUGAGGCGCGGCGGCGGAUGGGAACAUACAGCAACAGCAGCAGCAGCGCCAAACUCACAAUGCGCCUGGAGUGAACAGAGGCAGGGAGACAAUACAGAUCCGCGGUUACACUGAGGAGCUGCAAUCUCUCAUCUGGGCUCGCUUUUUCCCCUUCAAACCCUAUUCCAGAGUGGCAUUUCCCCGCCGUCUACUGCUUUUUAGUUUUGAUUGAUUGAGACAAAAUUGACUUCGCUACGAGGGCAAGUGGUUUGAUCUCCAAACUCAGCCAUGACGUCUCCGGCGAAAUUCCGAAAGGACAAGGAGAUAGUGGCCGAAUAUGAAACUCAAGUUAAAGAGAUCCGUGCCCAGCUGGUGGAGCAGCUCAAGUGUCUGGAUCAACAGUGUGAGCUGAGGGUGCAGCUGCUGCAGGACCUGCAGGACUUCUUCAGGAAGAAGGCAGAGAUCGAGGUGGACUACAGCCGCAACCUUGAGAAGCUGGCCGAGAGGUUCCUCACCAAGACCCGCAGCACCAAGGACCAUCUACUCAAGAAGGAGCACAGCAUUUUAUCCCCAGUGAACUGCUGGAACCUGUUGCUGCUUCAGGUGAAGAGAGAGAGCCGCGACCACGCCACACUGUCUGACCUUUACCUCAACAACAUCAUCCCCCGCUUCGCACAGAUCAGCGAGGACUCAGGACGUCUCUUUAAGAAGAGCAAAGAGGUCGGCGUGCAGCUGCAAGAGGACCUGAUGAAAGUUCUUAAUGAGCUUUACACGGUGAUGAAGACGUACCACAUGUACAACACUGACAGCAUCAACGCAGAGUCCAAGCUGAAGGAUGCGGAGAAGCAGGAGGAGAAGCAGAUGGGGCGAUCCGGUCGACAAGAUGACCGACAGACGCCGCGUUCCCCUGAUACUUUGGCCGCCAUCAAGACCGACGAGAAGCCCGUCCGGCGCUCCAGUGUCAAGAAAAUCGAGAAGAUGAAGGAGAAGAGACAAGCUAAGUACACAGAAAACAAGCUGAAGGCCAUCAAGGCCAGGAAUGAAUACCUGCUCGCUCUUGAGGCCACCAACAGCUGCGUCUUCAAAUAUUACAUCCACGACCUCUCUGACAUCAUUGACUGCUGUGACCUAGGCUACCAUGCCAGCCUGCACCGCGCCCUGAGGACCUACCUGUCUGCAGAACAGAACGUCGAGACGUCCAAACACUCGGGCCUGGAGACACUGGAGGGCGCUGCAGAGAGUCUGGAGGCCAACGGGGACAAACAGAAACUGAUGGAGACCUACAACAACGUCUUCUGCCCUCCAGCUCGUUUUGACUUCCAGUCCCACAUGGGAGACACGAUGGGAGUGGUGUGUGCACAGCAGCCGCUGGAAAGCGAGCUGCUCCAGAGGUGUCAGCAGCUGCAGUCCCGCCUCUCCACACUCAAGAUUGAGAAUGAAGAGGUGAAGAAAACCAUGGAGGCCACUCUGUCCACCAUCCAAGACAUGGUGACAGUGGAGGACUACGACGUCUCCGAGUGCUUCCAUCACAGCAACAGCAUGGAGUCGGUCAAGUCCACUUUCAGCGAAUCUUAUCUCAGUAAGCCCAGCCUGGCCAAACGAAGGGCCAACCAGCAGGAGACGGAGCAGUUUUACUUCACGAAGCUGAAGGAGUUUCUGGAAGGCAGGAACCUGAUUACCAAGCUGGAGGCAAAGCAUGACCUCAUCGACAAGACCCUGGGAGAGAGUCAGAAGACUGACUGUUGCCUUGCCAGUGGACGGAGAAACUCGGCGGUACGGAAGCAGGAGUCUGGUGAGGCCAUUCCUCUGAUGGUCGAGAGCUGCAUCCGCUUCAUCAGUCGCCAUGGACUGCAGCAUGAAGGCAUCUUCAGAGUGUCAGGCUCUCAGGUGGAAGUCAACGACAUCAAGAAUGCCUUUGAGAGAGGUGAGGACCCGCUAGCAGGGGACCAGAAUGACCACGACAUGGACUCCAUCGCUGGUGUGCUGAAGCUCUACUUUAGAGGCCUGGACCACGCCCUCUUCCCUAAGGAAGUCUUCCAUGACCUCAUAUCCUGUGUCUCGAUGGAGAGCCUCCAGGAGCGGGCAGUCCACAUUAAGAAAGUUCUGCAGUCUCUGCCAAGCAAAACUCUCAUCAUUAUGAGAUAUCUGUUUGCCUUCCUCAACCACCUGUCCCAGUACAGCGAGGACAACAUGAUGGACCCCUACAACCUGGCCAUCUGCUUCGGCCCCACCCUGAUGUCUGUCCCCGAAGGCCACGACCAGGUCUCUUGCCAGGCCCAUGUCAACGAGCUCAUUAAAACUAUCAUCAUCCAUCAUGACACCAUCUUCCCCGGACUGCAGGACCUGCAGGGCCCCAUCUACAUCAUCCCUGGAGCUGGAGAUGACUUCUGUGACAGUCCACACUGUGAGCCCCCCCUUGUGGAGGAGCCGGCGCCUGACACCGUCUCUGUGAUCCAUAACAGCGAAGAUGGCUCAUUGGCUGUUUCAGAGUCAGACGCGUUCGAAGCCAUCGCUCGGUUCGACUACUCCGGUCGGACUAGCCGGGAGCUCUCAUUCAAGAAGGGAGCGUCUCUGCUUCUGUACCAGCGAGCCUCUGACGACUGGUGGGAGGGACGGCAUAAUGGAGUGGAUGGACUGGUGCCACACCAGUACAUUGUGGUCCAAGACACGACUGACGGGGGCAGGGGAAGUCCGAAGCCUGAUGUGGACAGCAGGGACCUGCUGGAGGAGAGAGUGUCGACUCGAGGCAGCGCUGCCUCUCCUACUGGAGCUCACGUGGCUGACAUCUACCUGGCCAACCUGAACAAGUUAAGAAAACGUCCGGAGUCCGGGAGCAUCCGAAGAGCGUUCCGGAGCUCAGAGAGCGACAGUACGAGUCCAGGAGCUAGCGGAGGGGGAGGGGGAGGAGGAGGAGGAGGGGGAGGAGGAGGGGUGAGAACCGCUUCUCUUCCUGUUGGCAGCGCUCUGGUGAAAGAGACUGGAGACAAACGACCCGUCAGCGCUCACAGCAUCCUCAACUCAGUCACUCGCCACUCCUCUCUCAAGACCAAGGUGGAGAGCCCACAGUUACGCAAGACAACUUCAGCAGGGCGCUCUAAGAGCUUCAGCAACCACAGACCACUGGACCCUGAGGUCAUAGCCCAGGUGGAGCACAGCUCACAGGACAUUGAGGCUGCGAUGAGCUCUGCACUGACUGAGCUCAGUAAGCUGGAGAGACAGAGCACCUCUAAACACACACACACCCCAGACGUGGUCCUGGACACACUGGAGCAGCUGAAAGGUGUGGGUGGUGGUGGAGGAGGAGGAGGAGGAGCCUCGGAGCCCUCCAGUCCACUCCACUCCCGUCUGUUACGGGACAGCGAGGGGGGCUCCUCGCAUGGCCACCCACUUCAGCGCAGCGCCUCCUCCGCCAGCGACGUGCCCUCCUCCUUCCGCCCAGCCAAGAGCCAGCCGCGGAGCCCCCUGCCCUCUGCCACGUCGCCCUGUCUCUCCUCUUCCUCUCUCUCCUCAUCCGUACCUUCCUUUAGAGAGCUGCGCCCCCCAGCAACAAGGCCGAAGCCGGUGGUGUUCCCAAAGAGCGGAGCUGGCAGUCCAGCCAUGGGUUCCCCGACUUCUACUGUGCCCCCUACACCUCCUCCUCCACUUACAGGCCACACACACUCUCUCCCUCACACCCCGCCUCCUCCACCUCCACCCCAAUCUAACGACAAAUCCUGCCCGGCUUAGGACUUCUCAAUCUGACCCACAAUGCUGAUCCUUACAGACUCUCAUUCUUACAGCUCUUCUACCAGGUGCAGAACGCACUUCAAGACCUAACCCACUACUCACGUGUAGCAUUCACUUCUCGGUGUCCAGGCCAGUUCUUAAGACGCCGUGUUCCCUUUAGAGCUUUUUCAGCCCUCUCCUGGCAGCUCUGCUUACUACAGGUCAACUAUCAGAGGGCGUAGAUUAGUGAAAACCCUUCAAAGAUUUUUUUUUGCCACCGCAGAGAUCCCAGGCAUCACUGGAUUUUUAAAAAAUGUCUUUUUACAAGGGAACAGGACUCAGGAUGGACACCUGAAGACCUACAGCUUACAUACACUAGUUUGUGAUGUUUGAAAUUGUGUUUGAGUGGGCGUGCAGGAGUGUUACUUGCCUUUUACACACAGAUCUAAGUGAGGAACAAAAAGCACUGUUUGAUUUUUGUAUAGUAGACAUGACAGUUUUUCUUUUCUUUUUAAUGACCCAUGACUAGCGGACUGGAAGGGAGUGUUUGAUUCCUAAGAAUAGACUGUGAAAUGCUAAGCUCUCACUCUGUGUGAAAUGAAACACACUGACUUGCUGCUUCAGAAGUGGAAGACUGGCAGAUAAAGGUGGACUUGAUGAAAGAUGACGAUGAAAAGAAAGAAAACUGGGCCAAAUAUCAGUGUAAGUCAUGUGAUCGAGAGCUUUAUUUUAUCUCUUCCUCCAGUGUUUGAUAUGUUGGUGAUUUUUUUUUUUUUAUUAUUACUGUUCAGUACCACAACAGGAGCAUAGCAGGAACAGUGUUCUCCAAAAGCGAACAUGGCCCACAGUAAUUCUAAAUACACAUACAGCAAUACAGCUGGUAGUUUGAGGCAUUAUGCUGCUUCUCUCCUGCAGCUCUUUUAUGUGUGUAGGGGACCACUGAAACCCAACAUUUUUAUAGGCAAUGUUGGACUGUACACAUACACACACAUUCUCUCCAGAUGUGUGUGUGGUGGUGUUUUGUGGCAGCUAAACGCCUUUCAGGUUUUCCUUGCAUGCUGGGGCCAUAGACAGCAGCCACUAUGACGCGCUGGCUGAUUGCAUCAGUUUAUAUAUCUGCAGGCCACAGGACAACUUCAAACAGUUACAGCUUGCUCCUUUAACUAUAUACUUCAGACUUAACAGUAAAAAGGGUUAUAUUAUUCUAAUGGUGUGUAUGUAUGUUAAUAAUCAUGAUGAUAACUGGAAGCAUGGAGCUGAGGAUCCUCUUGAGUGUGUUUAGAUAGAAGCACAACCAACCACCUCAUCCAAUGCGUUCUUAAGCAAGUUUGCUUUUUCUUGUUACUUUAUGUUUCCAGUUGUUAAUUAAUGCUCAGAAUCUGUAAUGGUAAAAUAUUGAACUGUGUAGCUGUCUGGGUGUGUGCAUGUGUGUGUGCGUGCCUGUGUGAGCAUGCGUGGAUGUAGAGUAUGUAAGCACCUCAACCCCACCCCUUGCCCACCCAUCAUAAAGGGAUGCCACCCAACAGCAACUGGGUGGAGACACACAGAAAAAAAAACACUUCUCCCAUGUUCUGGAGUACCAGCAGCCUUAGUGAAUAAAUAUGCACUGAGUGACCAGAUAAAAAGCCUGCAGGUGCAGGCAUGAUUUGUUGUCCUGUCUUCAGUCUGCUUUAAAGUUGUUGUUUGUGUUUUUUUAGAGGGGUUGUAUGAGGUUCUUAUCCAUAAUGUAUUACGUGCAGUGGAUGGCGCUGGGCACACCUGCAUUUUGGAGAAGCAGACAGGAGUACCAGCACAGAAGCUCAGCAAUGUACUAAGCUGGCGAGGGCAGUAGCAAAAUGUAUUUAGCCAGUUUAAAUAUAUGCUAUAUUUAGAAUGAUUUCAAAGCUUUACCUUGCAGUCAGAUAGCUCUUUCUGAUGGGUAACUCAAGCCGUUAUCUGUGCUCUCUCCAGAGCCACCAGACUCCAUUAUCAAAAACCGCAAUUUUACCUCACAGAACACAGGAGUUGCUGCUCUACAGCUGCCUCAAUAGUUUAGUUUGCUUGUGUAAUUGUUUGACUUUGGUGUUUUAUCUCAGAUUCACCAAAGUCGAACAAUAACAAAACAAACCAACUUAUCAAGGCAGCGAUAGAUCAGCAACUCCUGUGUCCCAUGAAGUAAAACAAUUGUUUUGGCCAAUGAAGUCUGGUGGCUUUGAAGACAGCAUAGAUGGAUAUAACAGCUUUAAUUCCUCAUUGAAAAGGCAUGUCUGAUGGCAAGGUAAAGUAGUGAAAAUAUUCUUAAUGUAGCGUACACUGAUAUUGAUAGUCACUGCUGCCCCUGCCCUCGACAGUGCAUUGCGUAGCUUUUGAUGGUACUCCUGUCUGCUUGUCCAAACUUGACCGACCACCAUCAAACUGUCGGCAAUACACUCACUAAGGACCGCAUGAAAUCCUCCUUAAAUAAGUCCAAACUAUCCCUUUAAGUAGAAAAAGGACCAGAAAACCCAAAUCAGAAGAUUAAAAAAAAGUAUUUUUAUUAUAUUAUUUGCUAGAACGUUACUUUGCAGAAUAAGAGCUGAUGAUGAAUUAAGGAAUAUGUGAACAAUUUUGCAAACACUGACUUCAAAAGAAGACAAAUGCCAUUCAAGGUGAACUGAAUACUUCCUUUUUUGUUUUAUUUCACCUUAUUGAAACAGUAUUGAACUAUUGAGGCGUCCUUAUAUUCCCCACGCCUUUCCCUUUCUCCCAGAAAUACAGCACAUGCUGCAUUCCUGUAUGCUCUCUACCAGGUAAUGAAUUAUACUUGUUAUUUUUAUCUCUGUAUACUGUUCGUGUAUACCUGGUGUAUUUGUGUUGCUCUUACCUCAUCAUGACAACUGGAGGGACUGUGACUGUGUGUGUGCACUUGUGGUGAGGAUAGAACUCCCCGUAUCAACACACACACUCUCACACAUACAGAUGUGCAUGUGGUUGGUUGGUGUGUUUUGUCCUGGCUGUGCCGUUAAGGGGAGCUGGGACCCUCUUCGAUCUCAAAUCAAUCAUCGUGCACUUGAACAACUUGGCUUGCGUGUGGACUAACUGUGUGGGGAUGAUUUGUCAGAAUUGAAUAUUGUUAAAUAUGCAUUUUUGUGUCCAUUUGAAAACAGCAGAACUAAAAAAAAGACUGUAAUGUCAAAUCUAUUUAUAGUUGUCUCUGUAUUACUGGAGAAUCCUGUGUUCAGAUGUACUUUGUAUAUACAAUGUUGUACAUUACAGAGGUACACUCUUUUUUGGUACAAUAUUGUACAGUAAUAGCAAUAGUAGUUUAAUCAAAUAGGCCUUAUAUAAUUCUAUGUGUAGUUCUUGUAGUAGAUCUGUUUUUUAAUAAACAUUGCUUGCUAUAAA